UUCCGGCCUGGUGCGGAGGCCUACUCCGUUCUGUACCUUGUGCGAAAUGGCCUGAUUGCUGUGGUGCCGGUGUUGCCAUCCUUGUCUGCUCAGAUCGUGACGAUGAACGUGAUCCUCUACUCCAGCUCCCUCGUGGUUUCCCUCGUUCAGCCAUGGCGCUCGAGGGCUGGCAACCUGCUGGACGUGAUGCUGCACGUUGGCUUGCUGGUUGUGCUAGACAUGGCCUCUGCUUUCGCACGGUAUUCUGGCUCUGAUGGUGGGACGUCCGUGGCCAUUUGCUUGUUCUUCCUGCUGCUCAUGACCUUGGCCAUCGUCACUUCGGCGGCCUCUGGCAUCAUUCUGCACGUGGCUCGCGGCCGGCGAAAGCCGUGGCGUUUCUUCCUGUCCCACCAGAAGAGCAGCGCUGGAGCUUUCGCGCGGCUGCUCAAGACCCAGCUUCUGAGAAGAAGCUCCCGGUACACGACCUUCAUGGACACAGACGACCUCCGGGAUCUCACGGAGCUCUUUGGCUUCGUGAGAGACACCCACACCUUCGUCUUCCUGGCAAGCCCUGGGAUCCUCCAAAGGAAGUGGUGUAUCGGGGAGGCGGUCACGGCGAAGCUGUCGGAGGUCCGCACGGUGAUGGUGCGGUGGCCCGGGUAUCAGGAUCCAGACGAGCACUUCAGGGAGAACCUGGCCUUCGUGAUUCCCGGGGUCGAAACCCUGACCAACUACGGCAUCUCCCUUGAGGAUGUGUCGGAGACCUUGCUCUGGAUCAGCACGGUGGACUCCUUCCCGAUGCCGGCCACCCUGAACUUGCAGACCCUCGGCCGCCUCUGUGAGUCCUUGACAGGGACCGUGGGGCAACAACGCUCCUUUUCUUCGGAGGAGCCUCGCUUCCCCGACUGCCUCCUCUUGGUGGACCCAGACAAUCUGGAGGCAGUGGCCACGGCCUACGUGCUCUAUGAGCUCCUCCUGCCCUUGGUGAGCAAGGCGCUGCAGUGCUCCUUUCCCUACGUGCUCAGCAAAGGCCAGGGCGUUCCGACCAGCUCGAAGACCGCACUGCUGAUCUGCUCCCAGGGGUGCCUAGACUCUUUCCACCUUUCGAACUGGAUCCUCGAGGCCGUGGAGCUGCGCUGCUGCGUGAUCCCGAUCAUUGCGGAGCCCGGCUUCGUCGUGCCCACGGACUUCGGCCCCGGCUUGCAGAAGCGGACGCCCGACUACGCGGGCAUCGUGCAGGCGAUCUUCAAGGAGAUCGCGACGGUCUUCGCCCCGCAGGCCUACUCCAGCACGCAGGAGGACGACUUGCAGCUGCGCGCGAAACAGAUCGCCUUCCGCCUGCAGUCGAAGAUGUCGGGGCGUGGCACGCAGCUGAUGCAGCCCGCGCGCCCUGCAAUUGACGAAGGGCACCUGCCGUACCUCGACACCCCCUUUUGUUGGGACGUCCUUCACUUUCAGCACGUUCUGUAA